AUGCUGAGGCGGUACACCAGGUUCCUUGCAGGCCUGCCUAGAGACGAAGGUGACAGGGGGUCUCGUCCGUGGUGCGGCGCGGCGCAUCCUGGUGUCGGCGCGGUGGGUAAGCGCGCCGUGGAGAAUUACGAGGGCCUCCAAAACCUGUCCCAGGGCACUGCCACGCUGGACCAGGUCGUGAUCAGAUCGGCUGGCGUCGCGGGCAGGGCAGGGACAUCUCCAGGGACGUUUUCGGCGCCGACGUCGGCGACGGCGCCGGGGAAGAGGGAGUUCAAGAUCUCCAGCGUUGUGGACCAGAGGGGCGACCAGGAGGCGAAGGCGAUAGGCGCGGAGGCAUUAAGCGAGGCGGCCAAGCGGUUCAAGGCGAAAAAUGGCGGCCCGAGCCCCACGGAGGACGAGGAGAGCAUCGCGGUGAAGCUGUCGCAGGACGUGGCGUGCGGCCAAGAAGUCUUGCGGCCGUUCGGGAUGAGCGCUCCUGCAAGUUUCAUGCCAAAAUGUGGGGCCCCGCGAGUUACGGCGGAGCUCGCGGCCAAGAAGUUGCCAGGCCCGCCCAACGUCGACGAAUGGUUGAGGUCGUGGAACGUCUGCGCGUUCAUCACGGUGGCUCCGGGGGCCGCCUCCUGGGCGAGUCUGGAGACUGUGGCUUUGAACAUCAAAUACGGGCAUAUUCGUGGCCGCUCGCGGCGGGCCAUCGCCAUCGCGGACCAGAUGGAGCGCCGUCGACGCAAGCUGGAGGCAGACGCGUCGACGGGCAGGGCGGAAGACGCGACGGGUCUGGAUCCGAGGUGGCCUUGGGACGCCGCGCGCGAGGCCCCAUGCGCGGAGGCUCUGGAGACCGCGAGCUGCAGCGAGGGGGAGCGGGCGCGCAGGGAGGAAGCGAGGCAGGUCGACGCAGGAGACGCGCAGACGGAGGGCGGCGCCCCGCGCGCAGCGGGCGCGGGCCGCAGCUUCGGCCACGAAGUCGCGAGAGGGGCGGCGGCGAGGUCGGACCUCGCCCCCGACGCGCCCGAGCCCAGGGCGGCCGCCGUGCCCCGCGCCAGCGAGCCGUCCGGACAAGGGCGAAGAGCCCCGGACAAUGUUGACUGCGCGGGGAUGGGGGCCCGAUCUCCUUGGAGAGCAGUGCGAAAGUUGCCGAGAAUCACGGGGGCCGCGCGGGCGGCGCACCAGCUGUUGGACACGGAGACCCUCGAGGAUAGGAGGACGGCGGAGGCGGCGGACUCGCUCGAGGAGGACGCGGGCGAGAGCAGCGAAGGGCGGGCGGCGGACAUGGCUCAACGACAAGACAACCGCAACUGGGGCGCGAAGCUGCUGGCGGCCGAGGGCAGCAGCCGCGGGGAGCGCGGGCGAUAUUGGAAAAAGGGCGCGUUCAGCAAGGUGUUCAGGUGGGUCGGCGCGGCACUCGCCUUGCGCUCGGCGAUCGCAGUCACGGCCGCCACCCCGCCGGCCUUCCCAGAGGCGGCCGCGAAGGCGGCGCCGCCGUGGGCCGCCAUUGCCGACGCGCUCCGGGCCGCUGGGCCGACGGCGAGCGGGGCCCACAGGGCGAGAGUUGGGGCGCGCAGGACCCGGCCCGCACCGGCUUUGUUGGCGGCGCUUCUCCGGUCGAAGGGCGACGCCCCCACCGAGCGCAUCUUGGUGGCCGACAACACCGGGCCGCCCAGAAUCCACGUCGACUCUUCGCCUCGUGGAUGCGGGGCGCUCAUGUCAGUGGACGGCGACGCCGUCGAAUACGUCUUCGACGUCUGGGGCAUGGAGGGCGCCGAGAGGUUCGGCCUGGAGACCGGCGACUGCCGCGGCCAAGCUGUAUGGGAAGCACUGGCGCUGCUUGCCGCGAUCCAGGCUGGGGCGCUUUUCUGGUGCGACGACGCAGUCGCUUUGGUGGUCAAGUCGGACUCGACGGCGGAGUUGGCCGCAUUCGAAAAAGCGAGGCGCGAGCUCGAGACCCGCAUGGCGGAGCGGGGUUGCUGGGCCGAGGCCAGGUGCGACAAGGAGGCCGAGUUUGAGGACCUAUCGGAGGAAGCGGUCCAGGAGGGCACCUUCCCCAUCAACGCCGACAACAUCGUCAAGCUGCAAAGCUCCAGGUCCUGGGUGUGCGUGCUCAACGUCAGGUCGUCGAAGGUGCACGCGGGGUCGAAGCUCGUGGGCAUCACGAGGGUCGACGAGGACAGCGCGGACGAGGAGGAGCAGGUGGCUUGGAGCGGGAUGCUCAGGAGGACCCACGGCGACGAUGGCGACGCCAACGAGGCCCCGUCGCCCCCCAGAGGUGACCGCUCCAGCGGCGUCGGCACCAGUGCCAUCGCGGCCGCGGCCCAGGCCUCCGCGGCCGCCCCGAAGUCGCCAGCGCCCCCCCGAGCCAGGCCUGGGGUGAUGUGCCCAGACGACCCCUUCUUCUGGUUCUGCCAGCAGAGCCACGCCCUCCACACGAACACGGCUGGGCGGCGCCAGCGACUGGACCCGGCCGCCCUGCAGUGCUGGUACACCGACUUCGCGUCGCGGAGCGGCACGCCAGAACCACGGCCGCGGCCACGGCCGAAGGACUCCGAGCCGCGGGACGAGGAGGUCGAAGGGCGCGGGAAAACCAAGGCCGUGCUGCCGAGCAUCUGCGUGGCACAGCCGACGGACUUGUCCUCCUGGGACCGGCAGCGCUGGGAGGUGCAGAAGCGCUUCGCGGACCAGCGCAGCAUGAUCCUCGGCGACGGCGCCUGGUUCCCAGGCGCCUUGGGUCAUCGCUUCACGUUCGAGGCGAAGACGGACAACGUGGACACGUUCAUGGCGCUCGAGACGGUGCCCACCGUGCAGCUGCUGUACUUGGAGCACGUCCUCCUCCCAGCGGGCAGCGGCGGCGGCGGGGCCUCGGACAGCAGCGGCUCGGAGGGCAGCGGCGACGAGGCGGGCGUGCUGCCGUGGAGCGCCGGGGCGGCCGCCGCGGGGCGCCGGCGCGGGAGGCGGCGCGGCGCGGGGGAGAAGCAGGCGAGCCCCACGGUGAUGCUGCCGCGCCUGUUGCUGCCCAGCGGCAGCUGA